AUGAAGAAUCCAUUCAGAAAUAUCUGCUCGGUGGACUUUUGCCUCAAUGGGUCGACUUUCAGUAUAGACGAUCGCAUUGAGGGACAUGUUAUCCUCACUCCCAAUCAGCCAAUCAGGCCGGAAUUGAUUCUUUCUUUUCAAGGCGCAACAACCAUUGAUACCGACACCACUCCGGCAUCUCAAACAUUCCUCAACAUCCAACAUCCCAUCAAAUUAUCAUCCUUCGAUACAGACUCAUACAAAAUCCCAUUUGAAUUCACCGUGUCUCGUCAACUUCCUUCUCAUGUCUGCCAUCAUCAAUGCAGCCAUGCCCAAGUCCACAAUCACCACCUCCUCCUUCCACCGAGUAUCGGCAGAGAUGGACUAGAUAUGUCACCGGAUAUUGUGUCGAUUGAAUAUUGCAUUCGACUAGUCGUAAACAGUGAAAAAGAAAAGCAUGAGUGGGCACAUCCAAUUCAAAUCAUCUCCCCUAGAGACGAAUCCCCACCUCUCCUACCACCGGAUAAAAGCAGACACUAUCGUCUCUCACGCACGAAACAUCUCAACGGAGGCCUUUUACACCGGAGAUCCGGCUUUCUAUCAGCUCAAGCUAUACAACCAAGUGCACUUCAUCUUCAGUCCAAAUCAACCCCAACUCUAGCUGUUGACCUACACUAUAUCGGCACGAACCCACCACCUCUCACAUCGAUUCGCACAACCCUCAACGCAAUCACAUUCUUCGGUUCAGAGCCAUGGACAGACUAUCCAGAUCAAAUGGACUGUUUAACCUGGCAUGCCCGCCAGAAUUGGUGUCGGGUGAGUUUGGCGCUUGAGUCGCCGGAAGUGCCGGAGUGGAAGCUUGGGAAGGAUGCAGAGUGCGGAUGGGAUGUGUAUACUGCGUCUGUUGAGAUUCCGAUCAUUCUACCAGAUGGAUAUUCGUAUCCACCGACGUUCUUUUCAUGUUUGGUGGCGAGGGUUUAUGCCCUCAAAGUAGUGGUUGGAUAUCAGGAUCUGCUCAAGUCGCGUAUUUCGCUAAAGAUUCCUCUCCAAAUAUGUUGA